CUCAGCAACGCGUCUGCUAAACAUCCGGGUACUCCUCUGAAUGCGCACGCUUCUCGCUGCAGCUGCGUUUCCGUGUUAGUAGAGUGCAGAGACGGGAAACUGAGUUAGAGAGCAGCAGAGACGCAGAGGGAGACGGAGGUAUACACAGCAACACCAAAAUAUAAAUACAUUAAAAAUUAUUACAAAGUACCAAUUCGACGUACAGCAACAGCAAGGUGACCACAUAUUUUGACAUGGAGACUGCAGUGACAACACUCUUUAAUAUGUGAGAUUCACAGAGUACACCGAAGAGAGCGAGUGUGCGUCUGUAGCUGUUUUUCCCCCUUGUGCGUAUUAUUCUGUUGAUCUUUUUUUUUGGUUCAUAUUCGUCUUUGUGUUUUGGUGGAAAAAAUGAAGAAGUUUAACAUCAGGAAGGUGUUGGACGGCCUGUCGUCGGUCUCCUCCUCCUCUUCUUCUCAACCUGGAAACAGGGACAAUGACAUCCAGGAGACCCUCCAAUCUGAACACUUCCAGCUCUGCAAGACGGUCCGUCAUGGAUUCCCCUAUCAACCUUCCGCAAUGGCUUUUGAUCCUGUGCAGAAAAUCUUGGCCAUUGGGACCCAGAAUGGAUCUUUGAGGCUCUUUGGUCGCCCAGGAGUCGAAUGCUACUGCCAGCAUGACAACGGAGCAGCGGUGAUCCAGCUCCAGUUCCUGAUUAACGAGGGAGCCCUUGUGAGUGCCUUGGCAGAUGACAGCAUUCACCUCUGGAACCUGCGGCAAAAGCGACCUGCCAUUCUUCAUUCCCUCAAAUUCAACAGGGAGAGGAUAACAUUUUGCCAUCUGCCUUUCCAGAGUAAAUGGUUUUAUGUUGGCACCGAAAGAGGAAAUAUUCACAUUGUCAAUGUGGAGUCCUUCACCCUCUCAGGCUACGUCAUUAUGUGGAAUAAAGCCAUCGAACUGUCAUCCAAGGCCCACCCAGGGCCAGUCGUCCACAUAAGUGAUAAUCCAAUAGACGAAGGAAAGCUUCUCAUUGGGUUUGAGUCUGGAACAGUAGUUUUAUGGGACCUCAAGUCAAAGAAAGCAGACUACCGAUACACAUACGAUGAGGCUAUCCACUCUGUUGCCUGGCAUCAUGAAGGAAAACAGUUCAUAUGCAGCCAUUCAGAUGGCAGUUUGACCAUAUGGAAUGUAAGAUCCCCUGCCAAGUCUGCACAGAUAAUCACGCCACAUGGUAAGCAGCCGAAGGAUGGAAAAAAGCCAGAACCCUGCAAACCUAUCCUGAAAGUAGAAUAUAAAACAACCAGAGCUGGAGAUCCAUUCAUGGUUCUAUCAGGGGGCCUGUCAUACGAUACUGUAGGAAGAAGACCAUGUUUAACAGUAAUGCAUGGAAAGAGCACUGCUGUACUAGAAAUGGAUUAUCCUAUUGUUGAUUUUCUAACGCUGUGCGAAACGCCAUAUCCUAAUGAUGUUCAGGAACCGUAUGCUGUAGUGGUCCUUCUAGAAAAGGAUUUAGUAGUUAUUGAUCUUGCUCAAAAUGGUUACCCAAUAUUUGAAAACCCUUAUCCUCUGAGUAUACAUGAAUCCCCUGUUACUUGCUGUGAAUACUUUGCUGACUGCCCUGUGGACCUCAUUCCUGCACUUUAUUCUGUUGGGUCAAGGCAGAAGCGGCAAGGAUACAGUAAAAAGGAAUGGCCUAUCAGUGGUGGUAACUGGGGACUUGGCUCACAAAGCUAUCCAGAAAUAAUUAUCACUGGGCAUGCAGAUGGAUCAGUAAAAUUCUGGGAUGCCUCUGCAAUGAUGCUACAAGUACUGUACAAGCUGAAGACAGCGAAGGUGUUCGAUAAAUCUCGGAACAAGGAUGAUAAGCCCAACACAGAUAUAGUAGAUGAGGACCCCUUUGCCAUUCAGAUCCUGUCCUGGUGCCCAGAGAGCAGGAUGUUGUGUGUUGCUGGAGUCUCCGCCCAUGUUAUCAUCUAUAAAUUCAGCAAACAGGAAGGGGCGACGGAAGUUGUGCAGCUACUAGAAGUUCGGUUACAGUAUGAGCUCAAUGAUGUUGAAUCUCCGGAGGGCGACCAAGUCCCGUCCCUGCCGACCCCUGGGGCUACUUCCAGCUCCCAGCCACCGGCACCUCAGUCCCAGCCCUCCACCAGCAGCAGCUCUUCCGACGGCAUUCGGGACAACGUGCCCUGCCUCAAAGUACGAAGCACUCCACUCAAACAAUCCGCAGGCUACCAGGUGGAGCUGGUUAUUCAGCUGGUCUGGGUUAGCGGGGAACCUCCACAACAAAUAACCAGCCUUGGAGUUAACUCAUCCUGUGGGCUUGUGGUUUUUGGAAAUAGUAAUGGCCUUGCAAUCGUAGACUACCUUCAGAAGACUGUUCUUCUUAACCGUGGGAUAAUCGAGUUAUAUGGAUCCAAUGAUCCUUAUCAAAGACAGCCAAGAUCUCCUCGCAAAACACGGCAACCGUCUGGAGCAGGUCUUUGUGAUAUUAACGAAGGAUCCACAACUUCAGAAGAUAGAUGCAAAUCGCCAACUUCAGGUUCUACUUCGCCAUGCAAUUCUGAUGAUGACCAAAAAGUGCCUAAUUUUCUAGAAAGGGUGAAGACCAAAAGCAGAAUGUUUUCCAAGACGAUAGUCUAUGAUCUAGUGGUGACGACUAACCAUCAACAUUUCUACAAUGGAGGAGGUAGAGGAGGAGCAAAGAUGUCACGGAAAUUAAGCUUGCCUACUGAGCUAAAGCCAGACUUGGAUAAGGGAUUGAGACAUCGUCAUUCUCAUCUGUUUAAGAAGCAUUUUUCUAAUGUGGAUGUACAAAAAGCAAAAGUUCAGAAAGAAGAAAUGCCCAGGACUCGCUCAUCCCCCAAUUUCAAUAUCAGAGACAACUCGUUCAGUCGCUCGCGCAGCUCCAGUGUAACGAGCAUCGACAAAGAGUCCCAGGAGGCCAUCACAUCGUUCCAGUUCUGUGAGACCUUCACACGGAAGACCGAUAGUGCCGCAGCUCCAAGCCUGUGGGUGGGCACUACCCUGGGCACGGUGCUGGUUUUUGUCUUGAACCUCCCGCCCGCAGGAGAACAGAGACUUCUCCAGCCUGUCAUCGUUUUGCCCAGUGGUACAUUGAUAAGACUGAAAGGGGCUAUUUUGAGGAUGUCAUUUCUAGACUCAACAGGAGCAUUGUAUCCUCCAGCCUGCGAGCCCUGGCGUGAGCCCAACGCCCCCAACGAUAAGGAUGAAAAGGACAGGUUAAGGAAACGACGGCCUGUGUCUGUUUCCCCGUCAGCCUCUCAGGAAAUCAGUGAAAACCAGUAUGCAGUGAUCUGUUCAGAAAAACAAGCCAAGGUUAUCGCACUGCCAUCCCAGAACUGCAUAUAUAAACACAAUAUCACAGAGACUUCUUUUGUUCUCCGGGCUGACAUGGUGCAAAUGAACAACAGCAUCUGCCUUGCCUGUUUCUGUGCUAAUGGACAUAUCAUGACUUUAAGUUUGCCAAGUCUAAGACCGCUGUUGGAUGUAAAUUACCUGCCCCUGACCGAUAUGCGGAUAGCCAGAACUUUCUGCUUUACCAACAACGGGCAGGCUUUAUAUCUCGUCUCACCCACUGAGAUGCAGCGAAUAACCUACAGCCAAGACAUGUGUGAGAAUUUACAGGAGAUGUUGGGAGAGCUGUUCACACCAGUAGAAACGCCUGAGGCACCAAACAGAGGUUUCUUUAAAGGUCUAUUUGGAGGUGGCGCGCAAUCACUGGACAGAGAAGAACUUUUUGGUGAAUCAGUGGCUGGGAAGGCCUCUCGGAGUCUUGCCCAACAUAUCCCUGGCCCAGGAGGCAUAGAAGGGAUGAAGGGAGCAGCGUCUGGGGUUGUGGGGGACCUGGCCCGAGCCCGGAUAGCUCUGGAUGAGAGGGGGCAGAAACUUGGAGAGCUGGAUGAGAGGACAGCAGCCAUGAUGGCCAGUGCUGAAUCAUUCUCAAAACACGCACACGACAUGAUGCUGAAGUGCAAAGAUAAGAAGUGGUACCAGUUCUGAUGUUAAAAAAAAUAAAUAAAUAAAGGACUGCGGUAAUGUAAACAGCUUCAUCUGGAAGAAACUUGUCCUUCUCCCUCCAUUUAUUUCUGCAGGAAAAGGGGGAUUCAUCAUGGAGUACUGCUCUUUCCUAGCACAAUAUCAUACACUGUUUUACCUCAGUCAUGUGGCUUGAAACUGAGGAGCAUACUGAAAACAAAAACUAUAUAAAAGGUGUUUUUUCUGGGGUUUUUUUUUCUGUGGCGGCUGAGGAUUGGUGUAGUGCAAGGAUCUGGAGUGGGAAACAAGGACUAAUGGAUGAGUGUGUGUGUGUGGGGGGGGGGGCAGCGCUGGGUCUUAUCAUGUGUUUCAGUUUCAUAUACCAUAUGUCAUGAGACAACAUUUUGUGCUGUUGUCUCUGCUGCCGCUUUCCCUGAGGCCAAUAAGUUAAAUUAUAUAUAUAUAUAUAUAUAUAUAUAAAACAAAAAAAAGUCAAAAAAAUUGGAAAUCAACUCUGUAUUCAUUCCUGGCUCUGUCAAGUGCAAAACAAGUGGAUAAGUAAUAUAUGAAAGGGAUACUGCAAAGUAAAGUCCAUAAAGUAAAUUAAAUGCAUGGUUCAAGGUUGCAUCACAAGACUGUGGCUUUUGAAAGGGGUUGACAUUAUUCUGAAUUCCAAACAUCUUGUUUCUUUCUUUCUUUCUUUCUUUCUUUCUUUCUUUCUUUCAAACCUAUAAUUUGAAAUGAUUCAAUUUUAUGGGUGCUCACUCUUCUUCUAUAUACUGUUGCAGAUAUUAUAUACUGUAAAGGAAUUAUUUUUAUGGAAUUAUCCUUAUGUGGGAGAAAUAUAAUUAAGUGUGGCAGGCAGCAAAUUUGUUCUAGUUAUGUGUCGCCACUUAAAACAAAAUGUAGUAUCCUCCAAAAGGGCUGGGAUUGAAAGUAGACAUGGUAUUAAUGCAUCCUUUGUUGAUUUUCUUUAAAGGUAAAUGUCUGACAGUUUUAGGGUGCUUUAAAGUGUAUUUCCAAAACCCUCCUUUGUUUAGAAUUAUAAAUUGCUGUAUUUUCAGUUAUUUUUAUAUAGAACUUCAGGGUAGUUAAUGUGUUCACCACCUCAGGCACAGCUGAUGUGUGUGCUUUGAUUGCAACUUGUUCAUGUCAACAGUUUCAGUGAAUGACUUGGUAUAUAGAUUUAUUUAUUUUUGUCUCUGGGAUACAAAAGCACUUACAUGUUGAAAGCAUUGCACUACAGUUUAAUGACAAAAACGGCUCCAACAAGUGCAAGUUUACUACUAUAUACGUUAGGACCCCAAGCCGAAAUACAACCCCAUUGGGAUCCGGUUGACCUCAUUGGAUUGGGGUUAAUUGACAUUUUUAGAACCCCAAAAUCUUUUCGUGUUCGGUUUGGGAUUAUUGCCAAUGAACCCAUCACAAUGCAAAAAAAAAAAAUCACUUUACCUGAAGCCGAUCUGAUGAAGAAGAUUCGCUUUCGUACUUUUGAAAUGUAAAUAAAUGAAUUGGAUAGUUUUGAAAAAUGGGUUACUGAUUUAAUGGGGUUUUUUUUGUAUUAUUAUUUCUAAAUAGUUUGACACAAUUGGGGCUACACUGAAGUAAUAAUUCCAACUAGUCUCGCUUUUACAUGAAGGGAUGAAGUUGGAAUUAUUCUCCAGGGUAACCUCAAUUGUAUCAAACUAUUUGGAAAUGUGCUUUGAAAUAAAACUAUCAAACCAUAUUUAUUUUAUUUACAUUUAAAAAGUACAAAAGCGAAUGAUCUUCAGUAAAGAUUUCGGGGUUGUAAAAAUGUAAAACAAUCCCAAACUGUCACAUUUGGACUUGGUAUCCUUAUAUACACGCACGCACGCACGCACAGAGCUAUGGCAAAAAGUUCUGCAUCACCUAGAAUUUUAGGAUUUAGGAAACUACAAACUGAUAUCGCAAAAGUCUACCAGAAGCCAUAAUUUUUAAGUAUAUGGAAAAUAACAAAGUGGAAUGUAUUUCAAUAUGUUAACGUAACAUUAUUCAGCAGGUUUCAUUUGAUUCUACGGGGUGAUGCAAAUUUUUUGUCCAUAGCUCUGUGUGUGUGUGUAUAUAUAUAUAUAUUGCCUAUAUCUCUAUUAGUGCUGGGACAAACAUGGAAUUUUCAUGUUUCAUAUACGUUCAUUUUCAAAACGUUAUCAAAGCUAUUAUAUGUAACACUGUUAAAGAAAAAUAUACCAGAAGUAAUAAAGACCUUACUUUACCCUUGUGAAUUAGCUACAAAACAAAGAAAGCAAUACAGUAGUUUAAAUGGGAUUUCAAGUAAUAAAAAAGGUAAAAACUAAGCAUUUUUGUUAAAUAAAAUAAUCCCUGCCAUUGUUAUGUCUUCACAAUAAACAAAGUGGCCAUAGACACGUUUUCAUAGAUAUAUAAUUAGGGGUGCAACAAUUAAUCGAUGCAUUAAUCGAUUAUUGAGCAUCUGUCCUUAAAUUUCCUGAGCUCCGAUUACAUAUUGGUGAAUCGAGGCAUCAGAUUUGAACCCAGUUUGAAGUCUCCUGUUGCCGGUUAGCAUUAAAACCUUGUGUGAGAGAUUGCUUCUUUUAGUGUUAGUACGGUAGAUUAGCACGUUGCUGGGAUACACACUUUAGGCCUCUACGUUCGCGUUGGACACACCAAAUCGGAAGUAGGCCUAUUGUAUUCACGUUUUCUUGAUUUAAAAAUUAAGGCAAUAUUUUUUUUUUUUUGUUAUUGGAUCUUCUGUUAAAAAAAAAAAAAAAAAAAAAAAAAUCAAUGCAUCGAUUAUCAUUUACAAAUGUCUAUACGAUAAUCGAAUACUAAAUUAGCGUGCCGAAUGCCCCCGGGGAUGCCAUUUAGUGUUGAGUGAUCCAGGGUGCCCAGUUAACCACGGGUGCACAUGAGCCAUGGCAUUAACAUGCAUAUAAGUAACAGAACUCACAAGUUUACAGGAUUAUAGUAUUUACAGUGUUCAAAUGAAGAUCAGUUUCCAGUCGGAGGUCAGUCACGUGAAAUUAAUGAGUUAUGCACUAGUCUUUUUAAUAGUUUUUAUCCCCUUGGUACCAGUAAUAAGUGUCGAGUUCCAAGUAAAGCGUGGUGCUGAAUUAAAAAAAUGUCAGGAUGCAUAUAUUUUAUAUGGAGAAAAUCCGGGACCAAGAUCGUCUGUCGAAUUAAGUGAAGGUGUCGAGUUAUCCACCAGUCGAGUUAACUGAGGUUGACUGUAUAUAUGUGUGUGUGUGUGUGUGUCUAUAUAUAUAUAUAUAUAUAUAUAUAUAUAUAUAUAUAUAUAUAUAUAUAUAUAUAUAUAUAUAUAUAUAUAUAUAUAUAUAUAUAUAUAUACACACACACACAUACACUAUAUAUAGAUAUAUAUUAUAUACACACACUCACAGUGCUCCCUCAUUAUAACACGGGUCUCGGGGGACACACAGUAUAAGCGAUUAGUGUUAGAAAUGGGAGGGGGAGGGGGCGCCGCGGGACACAACACAUAUCUGACUAAAAUACAAAUUAAAAUAACUCCCUCUCUAUAAUGUACGUAUAGUGAAGCAAUAAUGUAACUUCCCGUGAAUUAACCAUGCAUAAAGCACCAUGUAAUCAAUGGUAUAUUUAACAAAAAAAAUAAAAUAACAUUCCCACUCAUGGAUCAUUUUAACUAGCAGUUUUUAAACUAUAAAUAGCCUGGCUAAAUGGCGGUCGGGAGUUCAGUUCGAAGCGACACAAAGCAAACCAAGUGCGAGAAGGAGAGCGGGUCGGAAAAGGGCAUUGGCGCGCCCCAUGUUCGGCUGCCAGAGCAGGACUGGAGCAAAGCUGAAGCGUCUUGACUCCCGGAGAAAGCUGCAGCUCCUCUUGCAGCAAAAAAGUAAAUACAUUAGGAAAGAUAACCACGUAAUAGGCCUAAUAUUUAUUUAGUUAUAAAACGAAUGCUGAAUAAGAUGUCUGCGUUAUAGUGCCAGCGCAGCUUUUCUUCAGUUCAGUACUGUAUCAAAAGGGAGGGACAGAAACAGAAGUUAGACUGAGAAGUUGUUUACAGUUUGAACAAUAGGGAAUUGGGGGACAUGCUGCAGGAGCGUAGUCAAAAGUUUACAUACCCCAAUGGAAAUAUUUCAUUUGAAGAAAUUUCUCGAAAACAAAGAAGUUUAGGAAAAAUCUUUUGUAUCAAAAGUUUUGCUUUUGUGGAUGUGGAAAAAAAGUUACAAGAAAUAGAUGUCUACAAUUAUUUAAGCAAUGUUUUUGCAAAACUCCUUAAAUGCUAAUUCAAACGUAUUCUUACCCUUUGAUGCUAUGAUAGUCUACAAGGUGCUAGAAAUUUCAAUAUGAUCGUGCAGAACCGAAUUCUAGUGUCUAGAAAAUGCUGGAUUGUAGGUGAACAUUCUUAGAGUAUAAAAGGGUUAGGCAUAGGAUGAUUGCUGUCAUUACCAAUAAGUCAAUAUGGGGAAAAAGUAAAGAGCUAACUGAAGACCUUAGGCAGAAAAUGAUUUAUUGUGAUAAAGCUGGAGGAGGAUACAAGAAGAUUUACAAGCAGUUGAGUAUCUAUUAUCAAGAAGUCCAAGACUCAUGGUACUGUCACAACGCUCCCUCGGUCUGGAAGAAAGAAGGUUUUUUCACCAAGAACAAGUAAGAAUUGUGAGGAAGGUUCUAACAAUCCGUGAUUGACUGCCAAAGAUAUUCAAAAUGAAUUGGCUGCAAGUGGGACUGGGGUUUCCAUUUCAACCAUAGGUCGAGUAUUGCAUGGUGAAGGUCUCAAUGGUUGCAGGCUAAGGAAAAAGCCACUCUUUGAAAAAAAGGACAAUCACUUAAGGUUUGCAAAAUGGCAUUUGAAUGAUGGAUAUGAGUUCUGGUGAAAGCUAUUUGGUCAUGCUGAUAGUCGUUACAUUUGGACAAAGUCUGGUGAGGCGUACAAAGAAAAUGGUAAUAUCCUUCUAUAGGGCUGUUUUUCCUCUAAUGGCACAGGAAAUUUAGUUCCAAUACAUGGUCAAGUGGAUUCCAUAGCAUACCAAAAGAUAUUGGCCAAUCAUCUGAAACCCUCCGCUACAAAACUUAGUUCAACGCGCAACUGGCCAUUCCAACACGACAAUGAUCCAAAGCACACAUCAAAAUCUACUUCCGAAGAAUAAAAUUAAGGUUCUGGAAUGGCCUUGUCAAAGUCCCGAUCUAAAUCCGAUUGAGAAUCUUUGGUAUGAGAUGAAGAAGGCUUCUGCACUAGAGAAGUCCUUGGAAUUUGAAUGAACUGGAACAAUUUUGCGUUGAAGAAUGGUGAAAAAUCACUAAACAAUCAUGCCAAAAGCUCAUUGACAAAGUUGCCUGAACUAGCUAUUCAUUUAAUUUUCCUUGUCAGGGUAUGAAUACUUUUGAAUUAGCAUUUUUGGAAUUUUGCUGAAAUAAAUUAUUUAACUUUUGUUCCUCAUCCACAUAAGCAAAACUUUUGCUACAAAACAUUUUUCCAAGAAAAAUUUAUUUUAGAGUAAUUAUUAAUUUCCAUUAGGGUAUGUAAGCUUUUGACUACAACUGUGUGUGUGUGUAUAUAAAUAUAUAUUAAGGCUGGGGUGAUGCCUAAUUUUUCACCAUCGAUAUAUCGUUUUCCAAAAAAGCUGAUGCAUCGAUUCAUCGACGUUAUGAAAGGGUAAAAAAUAAAUUACAGCAUUUAUAAAUAUGGAGCUGUAUAUUACUGUUUAAAUCCAGAACAAGCGGUUUAACAACCAAUCCAGGGAACAUCAUAACUAAUUUACAAAAAGUUAACAGUUCGGUAACAGUAUUGUCCAUGGCUUAGAUACUAUUUUUGUUAAGGGACACGGUAGCAUCCACAUUUUUUUAUUUCACCGAAGACCGGAGCUUGCUGACAAUCUGCUCAGCCUUACUGAAUACACGCUGACUAAGUACUGACGUUGCCGGAAUGCUUAAGAUGCUUCUGCCAAGCGUGCAACUUUUGGAAAGCGAUCUUGAUUUGUUUUUCCACCACAGAAGCGGAUCUUCUUUUAUACUUGAGGGUAGUUCAGAUGAAUAAAUGGUGAUGUCACAUUCCUUAGCGCUGCCAGGCUCAUGUUUAUAUAAUAUAUAUUUAUUUUGUAGCAGUGGUAAGAAUCCAAGCACAACUUUUAUUUUACAAAAUAGAUAGCUCUUUUAUUUCGCAAACAGUGACAGCUACACUCACCAGCACGCGGGGCUGAUCUUAGCUGACAGUCUGGGCUCCCCAGGAGAAAGCCACCUCACUGCUCCAUACCUGCCAAUGGGGGUGCCGACAAGACACGCCCCCCCAUUCACAGCAGCAGCAGCGACAAGCAAGGGGAAGCGAGCAGCGGCUCCAGCAGAGUAAAUCCCACCGCCGGCCUCCACGACAAUAUAUUUAAAGUCUCACAAUGACGAACACAGACUUCGAAUACAUGUAAAAAAAAAAAUUUCAAAAAAAGUUUGUUCGGAUAUUUGUCUAUUUGUCCCAGUACUAAUUAUAUACAGUGUGUGUAAAUAUAUUCUUGCGCCAAAAAAUGUAGUAAAAUGUUAGAAGUGAGACAGAGUUGAACAGGAAGCAAGUUUCAGUACACUGGGCCUACAUAGCCAUAUACAACAUACAUAAACAUAAUCUAGUCCAGAUAUGAUGUUUUUAUACUAGCUUAACCCUGAUACACAAAGUCUUUGCUAAGCUUACAUUAAAUGCUGUGGUUUGUUGUUUUGUGCUCAAAGGCAGCAGGUUUGCAGGGAUAAUGAGUUGAUCCGAUACUGGAGACUCUUCCAUUUGCUCUUCUAGCAAUGACCUUUGCAGGCUGGGCAGUCUGUUUCCUUCCUGGUAAGAUACAGCACAUGUGAGGUUGAACAGGAAUGGGAUCGCUGCAGUGUUGGUUAAUAGGUCGUCGAGAUGUAGAGCAGGUUCACAUUACACAGUGAUCUCCCCACAUCUUAAUGCAGUGUUAAUUCCAGUAGGGAAAAGGGUACUGUCAAAUUUUUUUUGUGUGUGUUUUUAUGUUCUUUGUUGUAUUUUGGGAAAGGGCUUAAAACAUAUAAAAAUGAAUCUGCAGUUCAAAAUACACAUCAGAAAGUUGUCUAAUACAAUGUUGAAAGAUGGUGAUCAUUUAGGCCAUUGUAAGCACCAUCAUAAGUCAAGUCAUAAGUCAAGUUCUAAUCCAUGUGCAACUUGGUAAAACAGUCUGCCCACCACAAAAUGUAUGUCUUUGGAGGGCAGAGCAGAGUUCUAGGUGUGUUGUGGUAUUAAGUUUCCUUGCAGUUGUUUCAAAGACUUUGAUUUGUUUUCACAGUCAUUUAUUUUAUCAAGUAUGGUACAUUUGUUUUUCAAAUGAAAGAAUGCAGUUUUUUUUCAGAUAGAGAAAAGGAUACAUAACAUCCAUACACCCAACCACCCUACAAGUAUUAAUGUCUCUCAACUAAGAAUUGGAACCAUCAUUAUUAUCCUCUUCGAUGACAGUUCAGGAAUUAUUUAUUAAUAGGUGGUUUUCUCUUGAAUUGUUCAUUGUCAUAUAUAUUGGUGGGUGUGUGUAUAUCUGGAACAUGUUUUCACACCCAUGCAGUAACAUGUAGACAUAGAAGUACAUACAGCCAUGGCCAAAAGUUUUGCAUCACUUAUAUAUGUUGAUAAGAAAACAUAUUAAACAAAAAAAAAAGAUUGAUGUACACUAAAUGAUUAAAAAAAACAUUUAUUUCAGGAUGUUUCGGGCAAAAGCCCUUCAGCUGUGUAGAAAGAAAAGUAAACACAGUGCAGUAAACGUGUUGAUUUUCAAAUAUUCUGAGGAUGUCAGAAUAGAAUGUUCAUUCCAAGAGGCUGCAAAGUUCCAUGUUUGAAGAUAAGCUUGCAUUAUCUUUGCUUCCGAGUAGAAUUUGUACCAAAACACUGACUGAUUCCACAGAUGGUGAUGCCUUCAGCAGUGUGAUUAUUGCUGUUGAAGUGUCAUGUCAAGGUGUUGAUUCGAAUGCUUCGUAAAUGUUCUACAAAACGAUCUGCUAAACGUCUUAGUUUCCUCAAUGUAUAAUUGGUUGCAUUUUGUGCUAAUGGUGCAGUACACUACUCCUUUAGAAGUACAUGUAAAGGGGUGGUGGAUGUGGAGUGAUGAUUUAGGGCCUCUGAUCUCAGUUUGGGAGUUAAUAUAUUUGCAUGUCGUACAUCGUGGUCUGUUGCAUGGGACUGUGCCUUUUAAAGGUUCUGCAGAAGAGUGAAUUUCACUGUGGACCGCGUAUUCUUUUAGAUUCCUGUCUCUUCUAUAGGACAUUAGUGGAGGAUAUAUAGAUAGAUAUAUAUAUACUCAUGAACAUAAUUUAGAUGAUAUUUUAUUUAACAUCAUGUAAUCAAAGAAACUACAAAAUGAUACCACAAGUUUUUCAUUAAAGAUAUAAAAAACUACAAAGCGGUAUGUAAUUCAAUAUGUUAACCUAACAUUAUUCAGCAGGUUUCAUUAGACAUUAUGAAGCAAAAUUAGUUCAUUCUAUAGGGUGAUACAAAACUUUUGGCCAUAGCUAUUACAUACAUACAUACAUACAUACAUACAUACUGUUGAGAAAUAUAUUUCCUUAAUGAUAUUUUCGGUGUAAAUCUUACUGUUCUCUUUUUUCAAACCUUUUUGAUGAAGUGCAAGAAACUGCUGCUAUUUGUGUUAUAUGUAGGUGCAUCGUCAAUUUUAAAUGUUUUUGGUUUUUCAAAGGAAGGACAAUUCACUCAGAAAUUCUGCCAAAUUGUUACAGUUGUAUGUAAAUACAUGGACAAUCAAGAGACAAAUCUGAAAGUGUUAUAGUGGCUUAAAGACACAAUUUAAGUUGCCAUGCGCUUUUCUGACACCAAAGAAUUAUUAUUUAUAUUAUUAUUUUUUAAAUAGGUAUUAAUACUCUUCACUGCCCCCUUUCUCUUACUGUACAGUGAGACACAAACCCAGGGUUCUGAUGGGGUCUGACUGCAGAAGCAUGAACAUGUAUACAGGCCAACCAAGGGAUUCUGAGAGCACGAAAAAAGCUAUGAGAUUUCAAGAAAUUAUUUAAUAUUGUGCUGUAGUUGUAUAAAUGGAUGAAGUCCCACUGCAUCUUCACAAUUUAGCUUGUAGUAGGAAUUAUGAGGCAGUAGGUAUUUAUUUAAUUGCAAAACAUUGUAUUUGAGAAUACUGUAUCAAGUUUAAAAAAAUCAAGAAUUGUACAAUACUACUACUGUACAAUUUGAUUUGCACUGCUUGGGCAUGUAAAUGUGCUACCUGUUGCAUUAUUAAUUUCUACUAUUGCCAUCUGAAGACUUUUGGUUAGCACCGGGGAAUAAUUGUAUUACUAUUAUAUGUAUUGAACUUCUGUUUGGCCUAUCAUUAUUAUUAUUUUUUUCUUUGUUUUGUUUGUGUGUGUAAAGUAGUUACAAUUUUAAUAAGGACCAAAACGUACAAAGACAAGCUAUACUGUGUCAGUGGUGAUGAAUAAUGAAUGGCUGCACUUUCAGAUUUGUUUUCAUGGUCAGUUAUAUUUAUACAUAUAAACAUCUAUACUUUUAAUUUUAAAGAUUUUAUAUAUGUACAAGUUUAUUUUAAUAAGUUGAGAACAUGCAUUUAAGAGAAAGUCAAAGUGUUUAAGAAAGAGUAUGUUAUAGUCAAUUAAAAGGUUCUUAACGGUUAAUGUUCCUAGUUUAAAAAAAAAAUAAUAAAGUUUUAAUCUGAUGGCGAUAUUGACGUUGCGUGGAAACUACAGCAAAAGGUUGAUCCUUUGUUUUACAUUUCAGAUGUGUUUGUCAUUUUACAGAUGCAGGAAAACCAUCCUUUUUAAUGUAAUAUUUACUGUAGUUGUUCCCUUGCACAAUAGCAGAAGCAUGUUCAAUGUUUACAAUAAUUUCUGUUAAGUUCUACUGUCUUAUUUCUUUUUUUCCGUUCAGCAGUAAGAUGUAUGUAUUCUGUUGGUAAAUGUAUUAAUGUAGUUCUAUUUUUAUUUUUUUAUUAUAUUUUCUGUACUAUUGUUAUACAUUACACUCCAGGCGUGGUAGUCCUAUCCUCUGGGAAACAUGAGAAAGAACUAUGUGCCCUCUAUGUCUUUCUCUUUGUUUAAGUUUUAAGUGUGUUUUUUUUAUUUACUCUACAAAUAAAUGUAUUGCACAUGC